GGACGAGCCACGUAAUAUCUCCAUCCUCCAUUUACACCCCAAACCAUGCGCAGAACGAUGCCCACUCCAUAUGAAAAAAUGCUCACCUUCUGGUUCGGCCGGAAAGGCUCCCGGGACUAUCUCCAGCAAAAAUCCUUCUGGUACGGUAGUCCAUCCGACGACGCUUAUGUCCGCAAAAAUCUAGCUGCCGAUUGUGAAGCUGCAAAAGCCGGAGCUCGAGAUGCUUGGAAGGAUGAGGGCCAGGGCGAGGGCGCGCUAGCCCUGAUCCUUCUCCUAGACCAAGUGCCCCGCAAUAUCUUCCGCGACAAACCUCAAGCCUAUGCCACGGACAACCAGGCGGUUGCCGUAGCGCGGUAUGCCGUGGACCAGGGCUGGGAUAAGAGUAUGCCGACGAUACAGAGGCGGUAUAUGUAUUCGCCGUUUAAUCACUCGGAGAAGUUGGAAGACCAGGAGAUGUCGCUAAGGUUGUUCACGGAGCUCGGAGAUAGCUAUCAUUUGCGUUGGGCUCGGAACUAUUACGAUCAGAUCAAGCAGAAUGGGAGGUUUAUACAUCGGGAUCCGAUUUUGGGUCGAUAGAUGGCAGAGCAGAGUUAUCAUGUUUACUGUAAAGAAGAUAAAAAAUAGAUAAAAUUCCCGGUCCACAUUUUCUAUGAUUUCUGGUAGGAAACGAUGUGUGUGCCUUAUUGCCUUAGAUGAUCGAUGCCAAGCCUCAAUAGUACUUACUUCAAGUAUGUAGCCCUACAACAUGGACAACAUUGCACAGAAGUAGACAGUGAACAACCUUGCAUUAGGACAAAUCAAGCUUAUACAGGACAAACUGGUCUUAUGAAGGGGGAGAGGAUCAAGAUCCCUCCAUUUGCCUCAAAUAUCGUUG